GCUGGACAGGAAACAUGUGGCCACACAUUUAGUCCAGCAAAGAGCUCUGUCAGGGGCAGAUGCUGUCAAUGCACUCAGGCCCUUUUAUUUUGCAGUCCAUCCUGACUUCUUUGGUCAAUAUCCCAGAGAACGGGAAGUGAAUGAGAAUUCAUUAAAGAGGCUAAAUGGAUAUCUGGAAAACCUCCAGAAGCCUGGCUCACGCUCAGUUCAGCCAAUGAAGCUCACCUUUUAUGUCAGGGACACAAAAGAUAGUAGUGAUAUGCAGCCAGACCUCCUUACCUCAGGGUUCCGGUCAGUGAGUUUCACCCUGCACACAAAUGAUGUCUUGAGCACGGUGAUGAAUGUCUUAAAGUCCUGCAGCCUGCCUAUGGAGCACAUGAAGGGGCUGAAAUCAAGUGCAGACACAAGUGCAAGUCGAUCUGAGGCAGGUUUGCCUUUCUACAGACCUAUCAAAUGGGAUAAGACCUACUACACCUUCACUGGCUUCAGAGACCCUGAACAAGAGCUGCAGCGGGCAAGGAGAGUGGAGCCUACACUCAG